AUGGCCUCUCGUGGAUCUCCCGGCGUCCUUGGGACCAUCAGCUCAGACGCUUUGAACAAGCUACACAACUCCUCUCACCCAGGCUCGAAGAGACGCAAAAUCGAUCACGAUGGCACCGGAGGCUUAACUAUCAAAUCCUUUAGAAUUCGGCCCCAUGCAGCAGCUCCGUCCGACAAACCCGUUAUUUUAGAUCCAAUUACUCUCUUCCCUCGUUCGCGUUUGCCGCUUUCUUGGCUAGAUAUUUCUUCCGCUCCCUUCUCUUCCGUACCGCAGAUCCAGCAUGGCAGUGCUCUGUUCGUAUCGGAUAUACCCGCGCUAGAGGAAUGUAUGCAGGGUCACACUCUGGAACCCGUUGUACUCAUUACGCGUGCGGUCUCUGACGGUGGUGGGUUGUACGCUGUUGAAAGAGUCAAGAGGAAAUUAUAUGCUCUGACCAUACUUGGACGGGGGGUUGACGAGGGCGACAUCUUUGUUGCGAUUAAGGGAUGGAGAGCACCGUCAGUGGCAGAGCCGGCGAUCGAGUGCGAGUCUCUUAGUUGCGCAAGUGAAGGAACUAGUUGGUGGGAGACAGCGCGGAUUGACGAGCCUGUUGCUGACUCGAAACUAUCCUUGAAGCGGAGUGCAUUUGACGACGUUUCUAUUGUCUUCAGCGGUGGAUCCAAUGAUGAACGGGUCAAUGUGACGGGUUGCCAUUCAUCGCCUCCUGAUAGCACCGGCUUCUCAGCGACUGGAGUCGUAGCUACCAUCAUGGAGAGAAGCUCUAGCGCCGACCUUGGAGCCCCUGUUGUCUCUCGAGAGCAGAGCGAUCCUCUUGUGCCGUCAGCUGAUGCUGGUAGUGAAAAUGUGGACACUCCGCAGUCGGCACAGGAAUUGUUGGACAGUCUGAGAGAACAGUACUUGCAGGCCCUUUAUAUUUCGAAGACGUCUGUCGCGUAUUUUGCUAAAGGUCCUCUGGCACGCUGCCGCGCAGCUUUUCAGCCGUCUGAGCCGGAGGAUUCUAAGAAGCCGUCCGACCUCGUAGCGUUCUAUAGGGAGGCUAUUUUGACGACGAAGAAGAUGGACCUGAAAUACCGGGAAACCCUCCCGUCCACUAUCCGCAACGUCGUGCUGAGCGUUUCUGACGAUGAAGCUAACUCUCACCGGAAGAGGCAUAAGAAUAAAAAGAAGAAAUUAGGAAAGAAUGGUCUAUAUCCCGAGGAAGAGGAGUUCAUCCAAAAGUGGUGGAAAGAUAGGAACCUCACCGAGCAAGCUACGGUGCAGACCAAUCGAGAAGCAGAGACGAAAAAGCAUGUGGCUGACCUGCGGCUACGAGAGACGCAACUACAGAUACUUCUCAUUUUAGAGGCAAUAGCCCUCGAGUCCAAUUCCUCGGAUGAAUCGAAAGAGGAAGCAGGUGACAAGACAGUGAAAGCAUCGAAACCGAAGAAGAUGCAGGAUCUGAAUGUCUUGCUCGAGCUCCAUCUUGAUCGGAUGUGUAUAUGGCACGCUGUCAGCUUUGAGGAAACGGUGGUUACGGAUUCGUUCAAGCUGCACGAUAACAACCAUUUGGCAGGGAAGAAGGUCGAAAGUGAUGCUGUUCGAGACUUCUGUACCGAAGUCAUUAUCCCAUUCUACGGCCCUCGUCUUCCAGAGAAGUGCAAGCUGAUCACACGCAAAUUCGGUGUUUCGUCAUCACAAUCUUCCAAGUCGUCCAAUUCGAAGAAUGCUUCCCGGCCCGAGCCUGGGUCACUUGUCAAGCGACAAGCACCAUCCCAGCAACAACAACAACAGCAGCAGCAGCAGCAGCAACACCCAGAACCUCAAAAGUCCCGUCGUACAUUGCAGCGGGUGUUGACAGAUGAAAAGGUUGCAUCUCGAAAAAGGCGGCAUCCGUCCUUGACCCGCUCCAGUACGGAGCCAACACAGUGGGAUGCUAAGAGAGAAUCUAUGGAGCCAUUGUUACCUGUUCUGGGUACAAGUGUUCGUGGCGGAAUUCAAAAGCCCAAGCGUGUUGAUAACCGUGAAGUCGACCUCAACGCCGCAGCGAAGCAGCACGAGGCCAAACUAAAGAAGAUGCAGAUACUGGUUGAUCAGAAGAAAGAACUCGACGCGGCUAUCAAUGCCUUAAGGAGACCUAACCGGGAGCUUGUCGCUAGAGACAUUGCUGACGCAGCUGAUAAACGGUUGUCUGGAGGUGGUAGUUCGCGGAAACCCAAGAACCCUGUUCGAAAUCCCUUCGGUCAUGGGGUGCAGGUCAUGGCCACUCCCAAGGGGUCUAGAAAGAAGGAUGUCUCGAUGGCUGUGGGGGUGCCUUUCCUCCCCAGUCUUGCUCGGAAAUCAUCGUCAUCCUUGCCGUCUGCAAAGGUGAAUGAGCCCAGUUCGCCGUUUGGGAGCGAAGUGCAAGUCGUCCCUGGUUCUACCGUCCGUCCUGGUGCGUCCUCAUCUGGUCUCGCUUCCGGUCCUAUUCUCGGUUCGGAUAUGAGUCAGGGCGACAAUGCUGGCGUAGGCGCUAUUCAGGAGACCCCAUGUCGACGCCCUCCGCCACGGCCCGUUGGCCGUAGUCGUGCCCCCGUGAAGGAGGAGGGCCUGAACGCCCACUGCUUCUCUGGAUAUGGCCAGUCGGGCAACAACCAUUUCAGAGUGCCCAAUCUUCCUGCUCCACAUCGGUCCAAUCCCGAGACUGAGACUGAGAAUGACAAUGAGAUGGCCCCAUCUACGCCGAUACCCGUCCGUCGCGUAGGAACGCGGAAGCCAAGUUUCCAGCAUGGCCUAUCAGGCUUAUUGCGCGAAGAGAGUCAUGCGGAUAGAUGGUCUACGGUAAAGAUCCAAGAGACACCACCGUCGAAACAGAGUGUAAAUGGCAUAGCUGGUGCGAUCACUGCGGCCAAGCAUGGGGACGAUAUUGCGCCUCCCUGUCUUCACCAUUCUCCACCGGCGAUAUUUUGCACACCAGUGAAGCACACAGCCAAACCGGCGAUCUCCCCAGCGAUGGCAAAGCCAGAGACACCAGAGAAAUCGAUCUAUGAGCAGCUGGGAUGGGAUGCAGAGGACGAUCUGUAACCGGGCUAACUACAUUUCUCGUAGCGAGCUCGGAUCUACAUGGCUGCUUACUGUUCACGUGGGUUUUCUGCAGGCCGAUAGCUGACCCCCACUGUCUCUUGGCGAGCACUACGCAUAUGCUUUUAUCCUAGAGCACUCGUACGCUUUGCUUUGCUUUGUGUCUAUCAAACUCAAAUUUAUCAUGUCUCAUUCUGCGCCCGAUAAGACUGCAUCGGUCUGCGGGAGGACAUCCGGACGGACGAUUAAGGCAUAACUUGGACCGCAAGGCCGAUGCACAGACAGCAUCAACAAAGAGAAAGCCUGCUUUCUAUGUCAUCAUCGGACAAAACUCCGUGGCAGAGGAGGGCGACGUCUUUUGCCCAGAGAUUUACCGCGAUGGCAGAUCAGCCACGGCCUUUAACAGGAGCCGGUAGCGACAGUGGUGGACGAAGAACAGGGGUUCUCGGCAUUUGAAUACCUCGGAGGUGCAUUUAGAGAGGUGUUUAGACAUAACCUUUUCAGGACGACUGCAGCAUGACGGCAUGAAUGUAUAUACGAUGAAAGGUAAAUGGGUCGGUGGAGUUUGAGCUUACUGUAUAUUUUCACUGUCAUGAGGCGGCAUUGGAUGAAUUCUUGCAGCUGAAUAGCACCAUAUCUUUGGCACUGUGGCAUAUAUCACUAUCCCACAGCGGCUCAACAUGAACUUAAUUGUCUUAUCUCGUAGAUGGACAUUGUAUACUCCUGGAUGCAGUUUGAAGCGUCUUACGGACUUAAGAAUCCCUUGGCUACCCAAACUCUGGAACAAGCGGUGUAGAUAGAAGAGCAACAGAGUAUAUAUUAGGCAUUAAGUUGUAGACGAUGGACCAUCUUGGCUCCGGCCAAGAAGCGGUCUGAACUUAUACAAUAACCUUGAAUAUAACCAGUUUAAAAUAAGGUAAAAGAAAAGAAACGAAACCGAAUUCUCAAUUGAAACACAAUUCAGCCAAUUAUUCCGAUCUUCUGUGUUUGAAGUGUCCAAAUGGCAGUGGAUGCGUAUAUUAUAUUCUUCCUUGAUAGAAAGGAACAUCGACGGGCUACUACUUAGUGCAUAUUAUUCCAAAUAACGAAACUCUGGGUCUUUGAGUUGAUUUUUGCUGUUAUUGAUUUAUGGAUUUGCCUCUGGACUACUAUUGAUCAACGUUGGAUGAUGAUAAUAUAUAUUAUACACGGUGCUAUGAGUUGCUGGAGGAUCUCAGGUCCAUUUCUCGUCCGGACUUGCUAAUAGUAAUAAUUCCCGGAAUAAUAGUAAAAUAAUGAUAACGACAAUAACGAUAACAAUACCAAUGGACAGAUAGCUUCGUAUGUUCUUAUAGUUCCGUGGCUGCGGGGUUGACGCAGACGCGGAUGGACACAGACUUAAGAUAGAUGCGCAAUACGAUAAUAAUAACAGCAGACGAGCAGCAUCGACAUCAUCAUCACUAAUUCCAUAGUACAUGCUGAAAGUACGCGCGUAGACAGAAAGCGUCAUUG